AUGAGAACCUCUCACCUACACACCAUUCAAUCACCAUCACCAAUCUUCAACAUGUACACCUUCAUCACCCUCACCGCCCUCUUCGCCGCCUCUCUGGCCGCCCCCGCCAAGCACGCCCGCCAAACCCUCCCCACCCUCAAUUUCGCCGUCUCCAACGACGCCUCGGGCGCCAACGUCGGCAGCUCCAUCCUCGCUGACGGCAAUGCCGUGACUUUCCUCCACGACUUCGCCGGCACGGCUCUCGACCGCAACGGCCGCAUCAUCGCCACCAGCAUCCAGUCUACCUCUAACGGCGCGGGCAUUUUCUGCAUCAUCCGUGAUGGCGAAGGCAAGCAGGUUGGGCUUCUGAAUGAGCAGAAGACGUUCGCAGAUUUGGAUGGACAGGAGAGCGCUGUGGAGACAGAUGUCAGUGACUUUACGCUUCUGUGCGAGGCGUAA